UUCCUAAAUUUAUCCUUGCAGCUUUCAACCCUCCGGUCACUGAUAGCAAGUCUUCUGUCAAACAGAACGACGACGGUAAGUACCAUGCUGACCUCGAUCCAAAGGAAUCAAGACUUCCAAAGAAAGAUGGAACUAUUGUUAGCAACUCCUUGGCUACAUUUGCAUACAUUAGAGAUCACCCCGAAAGAGCUGCUCUCCUGUUCAUGUCCAGUGUUUGCGUGGGAUUAAUCCUCACGCUGUGUGCUUUGGUGAUCCGCCUGUCGUGCUCCAGUGACCUCCAGAAAUUGCACGGAAAGAAGGAUCGCUUGGUGCCAGGAAGUGACAGAGCGUACGAGAACAGUGAAAAUGAGGAGGAGGAGGAGGAGGAGGAAGAGGAGGAGCAGGAGGAUUCCUCCGAUUCAGACGUCCAGGAUGAGAUGGCGGGACUUUACAGACCUUCGUACUCAGGUUAUAAUUCAACAGAUGCGGCGGAACUGGCCGAAAGGAUAGAGCGCAGGGAGCAGAUCAUGCAAGAAAUUUGGAUGAACAGUGGUUUAGAUAUGACACCUCCUAGAAACAUGAAUACGUUUUAUAUUAACGAACAAUAA